AUGGAUUGGGUGGGCAUCGCUUUUGCCAUUAGAAACAUCACUAAACUCGCAUAUCUUAUGCUAAGGCAUGUAAAUACGACAUCAAACAACUACACGUGUGAGUGUCCGCUGGGCUACUCUGGCAAACACUGCGAGAUAAUGGCCAGCAUAUGUACGAACAACCCGUGCUCUAACGGUGCCACAUGUUUGGACGGCCCGUCCGGCUAUAUGUGCAUCUGUCGGCCCGGCUAUGAGGGCGAACACUGUCAGGUGCGACAGACAGACUGCGAUCCCAACCCAUGCCAUAAUGAGGGCAGUUGCGCUACCGUUGGUCACGACCAGUACCAGUGCACGUGUCGGGCCGGCUAUACCGGCGACCACUGCGAGAUCAAUAUCAACGACUGCGAGACCAAUCCGUGCGCCAAUGCGGGCACCUGUAUGGACGACGUGAACUCAUUCCGGUGUCUAUGUGUGCCCGGCUUUAUCGGCGAACUGUGUCAGGACAACGUCGACGACUGUCUGGCCAAACCGUGCUCUAACGGCGGCACUUGUCUCGAUCUGGUCAACGACUACCAGUGCCAGUGCGGGCCCGGCUUUGCCGGCAAAGAUUGUUCACUCAAUCUGAAUGAAUGCGAAUCCAAUCCGUGCCUUAACGGCGCGCUGUGUGUGGACGGCGUCGAUGAGUACGAGUGCCGCUGCGCUCCCGGCUAUACCGGCGACCGAUGCGAACAGUCCACGAGUGGUGUCGCCUCCAAGUUGUCGCUCAGCAACAGUGUUAACGGUUCGGCUCUGGGCUCGGACUCAGCUAUAGUGACCCUUCCGAGCACAAUGUCUGUCGAGGCCAGCGAACGGGCCGAAGCCCUGUCCUCCACGCAACUCAUUAUAAUCGGUUUAGUGUCGGCAGCGGUGCCAGUGUUGGUCAUCAUUGCCGCCAUCGCCAUCAUUGUCUGCAAACACCGGAAGUCACGUCUGAAUCGUGAGAAACGGUGCGAUGAGGACGAGGCCCGGCGUCAGAAUGCGGAGAAUCAUUACGUGAAGUCUAUGAACAACAAACUGGACGGCUCGGGCGGCGGCGGAGGGUUCGCCGGUAUGGGCGGUGUCGACGUGAUUGUGAACGCGUUGGACCGGCACUCGUCGCUCUCGCAACUGUCCCGCGGGGGCAAAAGUGCUACACUCAACAGCAAACUAACCAAUCAUGAGAUCUAUGACUCUAAACAAAACGUGAUUUACGGCACUUCACAACAGCGACAGUUGUCGGUGAAUGAGAAGUACGCGACACUA